CCUAUCGCCUCUUGGCGCCAACUUGCCUCGCUCUGCACUCCUUGUGUCUGGUCUCUUGUCCAUGUGGAAGAUCCCCUCCAGUUUGAUCCCGUCCUUGCUCCUACUAUGGCCGCUCCAGCAAGUUUACGCGGCCAACUUCACCUUCACUUACGGGCCGGGAACGCAAUGCGAUGAUUUCCAAGUAUCAUGGCAAGGUGGCGUGGCGCCUUUCAGUCUAACCCUUGUCCCCUCUUAUGGAACGCCGCAAACACUCCCUAUCCCUACUAACGCUUUCAGUAAUAACAAGGGAACGUUCGCAACGACGCUGCUUUUCCCAAAAGGCAAUCAGAUUAUGGCCAUCAUGUCAGACUCCACUGGAUUCGCUUCUGGGGGAGUUUCUCCAGUGAUCACUGUUGGCGCUUCAUUGAGCGGGAAUAAAUGCAACACCACUGACCCUGGUACCGACUUUACCUACGAAACGCCUUUAGCUCUGGCGCAAUGCAGUACCUAUACCUUCAGUGGUUACAGCCUAGGAGCCGUCCAGCCUAUAGUGAUUAAGGGCGUUAUACCGGGUGGCUCUUCCUUCGUCCUGAAUCCCCCUCAAGGUGACAGUUUCGACUGGAUCGUGGAUAUCAAGGCUGGGACGACGGUAUCCUUCAUCAUGACUGACGCCAAAGGACGACAGGGAGGUGCUUCACAGUUUUUGCCUGUGGCCCUCUCCGCCGACGCGACGUGUCUCGACAAGAGCUCCCCCGCUUCCGUUUCCAACGCUCCUUCAUUGACGUCGUCUACUCACUCGGCAACUCAGACGAAGAGCACCAAACCGACUCAGUCAGGCUCUCAGCCAUCCGCGUCCGCAACCGCAACCGCAUCCCCAGAUCCGACGACCACAUCCAACGGUGGAACAAUAGCCGCCGCGAUCGUCGGCACCAUCGUCGCUCUGCUCGUAUUAGGCACGCUUUUCUGGUUCUACCUCCGUCGCCGAAACGGCGGCACGUCCAUGUUCAAGGGCACAUUCGGGCGUCGGUUCCAGAAGAAGGAUGUCGACCUCAUGAAAUCGGACAGCAACCUGCCCCCUCCCGCCUCCCUAAGCCCGUACCCGCUGUAUCACGCGGGAGAAGCUGCGAGCGACGUGUUCACCCCUAACUCGACCUCAAGCCUCAUCAUGGGACGACCGAGCGACGUCGGGUCGGCGUUCGGCGCUGCCUCCACGGUCAACUUCGCUCGUCCUCCUAACUCAACGUCCUCCCACUUCCCUCCGUCUGCCCGCCCUGACACCAUGCACGAUGGCUCGUUGUUCGGCGCCGAAUCUGCGUACGGCGGCGUCGCCGCGUCUGGCUACGGUAGCUCUGGGUACGGCUACGGCACAGCGGCUGCCGCAGCAGCCGCAGCCCCUCGUCCUGAGGGCAGCAUCUUGUCAUGGGACCAGAGCCUCACGUCCAGUGCUGCUCGCCGCAAGGCUGAGCAAGCUGGCGUAUCGGCGUACCAACCUCCUGCGCGCUUCAUCCUCCACACGGACCUCGAGGACGACAUCCCGCCACCGCCAGAGGACGAAGUCAUCGAGCUUCCGCCGCAGUACACAGAGCGACGGGCACCGCCUCCACCUGGAUCGGGCGGCUCACGCGUGUCGGCGUCCUCCCCGGGCCUCGCGUAUCGCGACUCGCACGGCUCGCAGCCGUCAUAGUCGGCGUUCGCGCGACCCUCUUCCGCUCCUUUCUGUCUGCUGCUGUCGUAUAUAGGGUUUUCGGUAUCUAUAUGCGCUGAGCCAUGCCCCCCGUCCUCGAGGCCCUGGUGGUUGUUCCUAUGGCUGCGUUUGUGUUGCUGUUGUUGUCUGGUGGUCGGCUGUUGGUUGGAGCUGGCGUCUCCUUGGUUCACCCGCUUUUUCCCCCUGAGCUGCAUGUUGAACACUACUAUCCUUCUAUAACAUCCCCCGUCGUUCACCUCGCCAUACCCUUGACCCCGCUCCUCAUCUCGCGAUCGCCACGAAAGUCCCCUCUCCGACCCCGUGCUCCUUGCUCCCACAUUCAUUCGACUUCGCAUACACUUCGCAUCCGCACGUCCCUUUCAGUCCGACCGACGCGCAGGUCCCGCGCCGACACCGAACUGGCCGCUCUGGGAGUCCUCUCGUACCGAUGUGCGCAUACCACACGCGGGACGCGCUCCUUCCGUUUCGGUCGCCGUGCUGGCGUCGCGCAGCGCGUCGAAUCCAUCGACAUCCUUAUUGCUAUGAUGCUAUAGUCAUAUCCGCACCUGCCUUCCCCCCCACAUUUCUUCCAGACCUUCCAGCCGACCG